AUGGCUUCCCCAGCAAAAAAGUCACACCACCUUCAGCAUCUCAAAACCAAUCUUCACAAUAGGUCUAUCUCGAGUAUAGCCUCGGACACGGCCACUUUCCAUUCCGCUCAAGGAAAUCCUCCUCAAAUGGAACUUCGGACCAUGUCUUCUCCCAAUUCCAGGAUCGUCACGCGCCCAGUCGCCCCCUCUAAACCUCUUGUCUCUCCAAAGCUUGAGUCUGUGAAGAUGAAUCGACAAGACUCUGGGUUUGAGGAUAGCACUCGCUCUACUGCCUCAUCACGACGGACCUCGUCUUCGUCAAAUCGUCAUCGCUCCCCCACUAAACCCAAACGUCGUACUACUCCAUCUAAUGACUCUGGACGUCCAUCCACCAGGCUAGCAGGACGCUCCACACCAUCUGAUGUGCGUAAUUCAUGUUCGUCAGGACGGAGACCGUGCCUGCAUAUGCGACACACAUCACCGACCCAGCAGGCUGUUCACGCGUCCACAUACCAAUUCUUCCAAUUCCCUAGCCUCUCAGACCCCCAACCCGAGCACGAUGCCGUUAGCCCUAUCACUCCACCGCCUGUAACAGUUCAAUAUUGGACCUCGGAUUCUACCAGGCGGCUAGAAUACGCAGCCAUAGAUGCCGCAAGCGGGGGGAUGAAAGGGUUUCUCAUCAAGCUGAUUCCGGACUGUAUCUUGCCAGCUGGCUCAAGAAGAAUGCGGUUCCAUGAAACCGAUGCGGAUAGCGAUGUAGGGAGUGUACGACGGUAUCGACUUGCUUUGCCUGAAGAGAAAGCGAAUGAGGAGGAAACCGCCGAUCGGUGUGAAAGAAAGCCGAGACCUGGGCUCUGGAGACGAAUGACGACAUUUGGGAGCAGGAGUAGGAGCUGCUAA